AGCACUUGAGAGUAAGUCCGUGUGGGAGGAGAAUGGGUGGGUUCGAUCGUAGCUCGGUUCUUCUCUCCACGCGCACAGACCGAGGACAGAGCGCAGAGCGCAGUCCACCUCGCCACGUGAUGUGCAGCCGCUCGCUGAAGGCGCAACAGUGAUCUCACACUCUCUCCUUGGGCUUGUGAACCAACCACAUUUUGUUUGAAUUCGCUUCACUGCUGCACGGCCAGUGAAACACGUGCGCCUGUGCGUUUUCUUUUUGUGCGAGUGUUGCCCUCACUUGGCGCUUCCUGCCUCCGUCCUCGCCAGCGUCGAGAUUAGUGCAGUGGCUGCCUCACCCGGUCGGACCGGAGACCGCCUGGUCUCUGAUCUGGUCUGCGGAGUCGCCGGGGACCCGUCGCGCUCCAUCGGGGCCAGACUGUGCGCCUCUCGGAUCACACCCGAGCCUCUCCGACCCCCGGCGAUGGAGAUGAUGGAGGGAGACGUUAUGGACAAGCUGGACGACAUGGCAUCGGUGUACGACUUCGACCCGAUCACCGGCAACAUCCCCGCCACCAAAGUGGAAAUCACCGUCUCCUGCAGAAAUCUGCUGGAUAAAGACACGUUCUCCAAGUCAGAUCCAUUAUGCGUGCUCUAUACUCAAGGUGUGGAAACCAAACAGUGGAGAGAGUUUGGCAGAACGGAGGUGAUAGACAACACCCUAAAUCCAGACUUCGUGAGAAAGUACAUCUUGGACUACUUUUUUGAGGAGAAGCAGAACCUUCGCUUCGACUUGUAUGACAUGGACUCCAAAAGUCCAGACCUGUCCAAACACCCUGCAGAACUAAACGACUUUUUGGGACAGAUGUUCUGUACUCUUGGGGAGAUUGUUGGAUCACCAGCCAGUCGAAUGGAGAAACCACUGGGAGGGAUCCCAGGGAAGAAAUGUGGGGCUAUCAUCCUGUCUGCAGAGGAGCUGAGCAACUGUCGAGACAGUGCCACUAUGCAGUUCUGUGCCAACAAGCUGGACAAGAAGGACUUCUUUGGAAAGUCCGACCCUUUCAUGGUCUUCUACAGAAGCAACGAGGACGGGACGUUUACUAUCUGCCAUAAAACAGAGGUGGUGAAGAACACAUUAAAUCCAGUGUGGCAGCCUUUCGCUAUCCCAGUACGAGCCCUCUGCAACGGAGACUAUGACAGAACGAUCAAGGUGGAGGUAUACGACUGGGAUCGGGAUGGUAGUCAUGACUUCAUUGGGGAUUUCACGACCAGCUACCGAGAGCUAGCUCGAGGGCAGAGCCAGUUCAAUGUGUAUGAGGUUGUUAAUCCCAAGAAGAAAAUGAAGAAAAAGAAAUAUGUCAACUCUGGAACAGUGACUCUGCUCUCCUUCUCAGUGGAGUCAGAGUUUACGUUCUUAGAUUACAUCAAAGGAGGGACACAGAUCAAUUUUACUGUGGCCAUCGAUUUCACAGCAUCUAAUGGUAACCCGUCUCAGUCUACUUCUCUGCACUACAUGAAUCCAUACCAGCUGAACGCCUAUGCCAUGGCCCUGAAGGCUGUCGGGGAGAUCAUCCAGGACUAUGACAGUGACAAGAUGUUCCCCGCUCUGGGAUUUGGAGCCAAAUUGCCCCCUGAUGGACGGGUGUCACAUGAGUUCCCCCUGAAUGGAAACAUGGAAAAUCCGUACUGCAAUGGGAUCGAAGGCAUCUUAGAGGCAUACCACCAGAGUUUAAAGACAGUACAGCUGUAUGGGCCAACUAACUUCGCUCCUGUGGUGAACCAUGUUGCCAGGUAUGCAGCAGCAGUGCAGGAUGGAUCUCAGUACUUUGUUCUCCUCAUCAUCACGGACGGUGUCAUUUCCGACAUGGCCCAGACCAAAGAGGCCAUUGUAAAUGGUGCCAAGCUUCCCAUGUCCAUCAUCAUAGUUGGAGUGGGUCAAGCUGAGUUUGAUGCUAUGGUGGAGCUGGAUGGUGAUGACAUCAGGAUCUCAUCCCGAGGGAAACUGGCAGAAAGAGACAUUGUUCAGUUUGUUCCUUUCAGAGAUUACAUGGACCGGACAGGCAACCACGUGCUGAGCAUGGCACGGCUCGCCAAAGACGUGCUAGCAGAGAUCCCCGACCAGUUCAUCUCCUACAUGAAGAGCCGAGGGAUCAAACCCAACCCGGCACCGCCUCCGUACACGCCGCCUGGACAUACACACCACCACACACAGAUAUAACCUCUCACUGAGGACUGACAGCAUGCAGCAGCCACCCAGAGUCCAGUGGGAACUCUCUGCCUCCUGUUUUUUUGGUGCAAACAGGAGAAAAGGCUCCAGGAAACGGGUGUUGAAUUUUGUGCCGUUAUCCUCAGAGUGACUAUUGAAGAGAUUUAUUUAUUUUUUAUUGUUUUUGAUUUUCCCUGCUGUUUCAGUUGGCUGGUUUCUCUUGAAGAGAGGCUGCAGACUUCAAGGGACUUGUUGGUGGAAACUUUUUAAUUGACACUGAGGCAGUGACUGUUUCAUGUCUAAUUUGACAGCAGGUUGGUUCAAAAAGGUCAUGUUGUGGUUAACACUUGUGCCUGUCUGUGGUUGUCUCUCUAAGUAUAUCAGGACAUGUGAACUUUGACCUAAACCGUGCUCGUCAGUCAUUUGUGUGGCCUGAUACAGUGGCAUUUUUAGGCACCUUUUCCCUUGUGUAAUUAGUUUUUAUAUUUGGGGAUUAUCCCCAUUUCUGCUAAUACAUGGGUUAUGAUGGAGGAAAAACAACAGGUGUGUAGUUUACAGCUUAUUACGUUGAACAUUAAUCAGGCUUUUCAUACCAUGGGGAAUCGCCUCUUAACUUCUUUAUUAAGUAAAUGUUUGUAAGAGCAUGUUGUAUGAGAAUUUAAUUACACAUAUCUAGUAUAUUAAUCCUCGGAUGUUAUUCAGAAUGGCAUGGACAUUUCAUAGAGCUGUUUUGAAUACCAUAAACUUUAUCCUUUUUGAAGUGGUCAAAAAUGAUCUUUAAUUGACUGCAUAUAAAAAGCACAACUUGUCUCUACACUAAGAAUGAUGAUGAUGCUACCAGGUUUAUCAUAUGUAAUCAUUUUGAGUGCUGCUAGACAUUAUCAUUUCUGAACAAAAGACCAAAUUGAUUCCUGCAAGUCAAAUAUGUUUGUACUACAGCUCCGUUUCGCCAUGAAAUAUUAUCAGUAACAGGCAGACCACUUUCUCAUUCAGUACGGAUGCAUUACCAUCACGGAGGAUGUUACGAAGGAAGAGCAGUACCUAAUAAAUCAUAACCAAUUUUAAGCUUUUAAACCUCUUACUUUUUGAAGGACAUUAAUUUCGUAACAUACUGUAAUUACAAAAUGUAUUAGCACCUAAGUCAAAGACAGAUCAUGUAAGGAGGAGAAGAAAGGGUGCUUGGUAACAGAGAUCACAAUAGCACAUUAUAAAGACAUAUAAUAAGGAUCUUAAGUGAUGGUUAUUACCUAAUUAACUAGUGGGGCAUUAUGUCAACAUCUAGUUUUAUUACCUUUACUAUUAGAGUUGAUACUAUACAUUUCUAUUCAAUUAAAAUAAUUACAAUCUAACUGACACAAACAUUGGCUGUUUUCCAACAUUGGAGCAUUGGUAAAUGGUUUGGGGAAACUGGAAGUGGCCAGUAAUUGAAACAGCCCAUAGUUUGUUUUUACUCAAUAGUGGUUGACCCAGCCCUGAAACGAUCCCAAACACAUCACCUCUGCAUCCCAGAAACUCCCAUGUCCAUGGAAAUGAGAAAGCCCCCAGCAGCCACACAUCAGCAACUACAUGACCUCUGCUGUCACUUCACACGUAAAUCAGAACCAUUAGGGCCAGUGCUGCUCCCUGGAGUAUUCAUUUAACGCAGCCCGGCUGUACCACAGUGUAAUACAAGUCUCUGGUGGGAGACAGUCAUAAGUGGUCUUCAGAAGUCCAGGACUAAUCUCAUUCUGCACAUACAUAAUGCUUCCCUGUAUAAACAAUAAACACUCUGUCAAGGCAAAGAAGGAACAUUUUUUGCUAAACUUUGA